UCUGAAGAGAAGCGGAUCAUCGAACUUCUGCAGAAACACAAUGAGAAGUUCAUUAACAUAGCUAUCAACUACAACGAGUACCGUGAACAGCCCAUGCUGCACGAAGGCUUUGGCGCAGUGGAUGUAUUGCAUGACACCACAGAGUUCAGAGAGGAGAGCUUGAAGCGCAAGUGUGAGGGUAAGUAUGCAUCAGUUCACACCACGCAGGUCGUUAGUAUAUCCUAA